CGUAGCCACGGACAUGUGAGUGCGUGCAUGUAUUAUUUAUUUAUUAUUUUUUACUCCGUAUUUUUUUAUUUUUUAUUUUUAUUUUUAUAUUUUUAUCAAUAAUCAAAAAGAAAAAUUUCUCUCAGACAUUUAUAGCUGGUGGACAUUGUGAUCUCAUAGGAGUAAGGGGCAAAAGAGAGGCCAAAGACUUACACAAAUCGACCUUAGCUUUGCUCUGAUUCAGUUAAAAUCCAAAGCAUAGACUGCCAAAACUAUAUAUGUGUGUGUAUAUAUAUAUAUGUAUGUACUUCUAAAUCCAUCCAUUUUCAGCUGUGAUUAUCUAUCUAAAAAAUCUGCAAUUAAUGGAUUUCUAUCUGCGAUGGAUCGUAGAUUACACCGCCGCUUUUCUGAAUUAAAAGGGGAAGAUGAAUGUGUCCAAGUCUCAGGUAUGGCAGCCUUGUAAGAAGAAGAGAUCUUGAUUUCAUAUAUCCAAUAUACAUGUAUAUAUAUAGAUAGAGAUGGAAGAGCUUAAUUUUUAGUGAGAGAUAAACAAUGGAUGGUAUAUGUAUCCAACUAAGUGUAAAGUGAGGGCAGUUUUUGAAACAAAUAAUAAAAAAGAUCGAUCUCGAAGCUGGUUAUAUAUAUAUAUAUAUAUAUAUAUAUUGAGAAAGAAAGAAAGAAAGAAAGAAAGAAAGGAAUGGGUUCUCGCUCUAGCGGAAGUAGUAGGACUAGUGUGGGGAAGUACGAGCUGGGACGGACGCUUGGGGAGGGAAGCUUUGGGAAGGUGAAAUUUGCUCGGAACAUGGAGACUGGUGACAACGUGGCUAUCAAAAUUCUCCAUAAAGAGAAAGUUCUCAAGCAUAAGAUCAUCGCCCAGAUUAAACGUGAAAUUUCAACCAUGAAACUAAUCAGACACCCAAAUGUCAUCCGCAUGUACGAGGUUAUGGCUAGCAAGACAAAAGUAUACAUCGUUAUGGAAUUCGUGACUGGUGGUGAACUAUUCGACAAAAUUGCUAAGAAAGGAAGGUUUAGAGAAGAAGAAGCUAGAAAGUACUUUCAACAGCUCAUUAAUGCGGUGGAUUACUGCCACAGCAGAGGAGUUUUCCAUAGAGACCUCAAGCCAGAGAAUCUACUGCUGGACGCAAAUGGAGUUCUUAAAGUUUCAGAUUUUGGAUUGAGCGCGCUACCUCAGCAAGUUAGGGAAGACGGGUUACUGCACACGACAUGUGGAACUCCAAAUUAUGUUGCUCCUGAGGUUAUCAAUGAUAAAGGUUACCAUGGUGCUAAGGCAGAUCUGUGGUCCUGUGGUGUAAUUCUUUUUGUCCUUCUGGCAGGCUUUUUGCCUUUUGAAGAGCCGAACCUUGUGGCAUUAUAUAAAAAGAUAUUCAAGGCUGACUUCACAUUCCCUCAGUGGUUCUCCUCGAGUGUAAAGAAACUAGUCAAAAGAAUCCUGGACCCUAAUCCCUUAACACGCAUUACAAUUGCUGAGGUCAUUGAGAAUGAGUGGUUUAAGAAAGGAUAUAGGCCACCCAGUUUUGAACAGGCAGAUGUUAGUCUCGAUGAUGUGGAUGCUAUUUUUGAUGAAUUAGAGGACUCUCAAAACCUUGUCAUGGAGAAGCGCAAAGAACAGCCUGCAACUCCUGUCACUAUGAAUGCUUUUGAGCUUAUUUCUACAUCUAGGGGUUUGAACCUUGGAUCUCUUUUUGAAAAGCAAAUGGGGCUUGUUAAGCGAGAAACAAGAUUUACAUCUAGAUGCCCUGCUGACGAGAUUAUUUCAAAAAUUGAGGAAGCUGCCACGCCUAUGGGUUUCGACGUAAAGAAAAACAAGUACAAGAUGAAGCUGCAAGGGGAGAAAACUGGGCGCAAGGGUCAUCUAAAUGUUGCAACAGAGAUUUUUGAAGUCGCUCCCUCACUUUACAUGGUUGAGCUUCGCAAGUCUGGAGGGGAUACCUUAGAAUUUCACAAGUUCUACAAGAACCUGUCAACUGGGUUGAAGGAUAUAGUCUGGAAAUCAGAAGAUGAAACAGUAGAGGAAGCAAAUGAAGGUUCUGGUAUUGUGCCAUCUUGAUUAUUACAUGCCUCUUGUAAAAAGGUUUGUGGUAUCUGUGAAAUCUCGCAGACUUUUUUUUUUGGUUAAAGUGAAAUCUCUCUGACUUUCUUUUUUUUUUUUUCGGUUAAAGUGAAAUCUCGCAGACUUGCUAUUUGUAUCUUGAUUGUUUGUAUAGUGUUUUGAACUCCGUAUUUUGAUGUUCCAUUCUUUCGGGUUAGGACUUUGUGAAAGAGGACGAGCAUUUGGCUUGGUUUGUAUCUCUGGUUCAGUAGUGGGAUUAAAAAUAUUUGCUAACUCAA